UUAGUGAAAAAUAUACGAACACACUCACGCAGAUACACGCACGCAAGCACACUCCCACACAUCACCGCGAUAAGGAAUUUAAAUCGUGAAACGUAAUACACGCAUCUCGCCAUCUGAAUGCACCGCGAGUGCAGCAGACGAUCCUUGAACGAUAUUUUUAAUAGUAAUAACAAGAAGAAUAAGAGUAAAAACAAAAGCAACAAGGAUCGAAAAGUGAAGAUAAAGGAGAAGAAGAAAGGAAGAAAAAAAAGAGUGGCAACAUUUAUCUGACAUUUAAAACGAGGUGUACGUAUAAUACACUUUGUACGUGCAUACAUGCGGAGAUAUUGGAUAUUGGAGUGUGUAUGUAUAUAUGUGUAUGCACACACAUGCGUUCAUCGAUACAUUAAUAUAGCUGUGUGAUGUAAACGCCUUUCUAUAAUAUUACCUUUUCUUUACCUUGAAGCGGGCAGCGGUGAUCAUAAGUAACGCUGGCAACGGUUGGAAUUAAAAGUCCGCUAAAAAGGUUAGAGGGAUAAAAAACAAGCGCGAGCGAGCGCGCGCGCGCGCGAAAGGAUAAGAGAAAGGGAUAGAAGCGCGGCAAGUCCUUGGGACACGAGCGAGUAAAAGUGCUAAGCCAGCCGGCUGACCCUGGAGCCGCUGGGAGGCCCGAAGAGGAAGAAGAAAAAGAGGGAAAAGGAAAAAAGCAGAGGGGAACAACAAAACAACAACGCAACAAACACGCACACACUCGCGCGAAGCCAGGCGAGCAGGAAAAGAAGAGAGGAAAAAGUAGAAGCGGAGGAAGGAAGGCGGCAAGCCGACAACGACAUCAUUUCGUACCUACCAAAGGAGAGACCUCGCGGCGCGAUCUUCUUUCUUAUUCGCGCGGGGAAUUCGAACGCGAGUAGCGAGUGAUUCUCCAUUUCACGCUACGCGUCUCGACCAAACUCUCAUACGUUGUUCUUUCACACACGGGGAUUGUAUAAGCGGAAAAAAAGCGCGUACGCUGGUCCUCGCGAGUGAUAAGGUGACGCCGAGACCACGAGCUGGCGGAUUGACCUUGACGCGACACCCAUGCAACAUUAGCAAGCCGCAUCAGCGAAUUAGAGGAUAUUGUAAGGUUCUAUUUUCCGCACACGACGAGGAGUGAACAGCGUUCAUUCGUGAUGAAUCCAUGGUGCGGUUAUCACAGUUUCAGCAAGUGAGGAGAGGAGAGGAAUAGUUUGGCGUUCGGCGUACGACGGAAAGAGAAACGAGUGAAGUAACUUCGAUGAAACUUGAGUACAACAGCGUGCCUCUUUAAAUUCGACUAAAUUAUUUGUACAGUGUGACAAAGCGAGUCGAUCGAUAUUCGACGGUGUGUUGAAAUAGGUUUUGUUUUUGUUUGUUUUUAUCUUCUUCUCGGCACUCGUGAUUGGCCGCGGUUACUGGUGUCAGUCUGAAAAUAAAGGAUACACAGUGACUAUGCGGAGAAGAACGUGAACCUGGUGAAGUGACAGUGGCUAAUCUAAACCGAUCGUGGAUCGAAGUAAAGAUAAAUAAAGAUAAAUUGAAAAGUUGACGAAUACGUAAAAUUGAGAGGAAAGUAAAGAAUAAAAGAAUAUCUAGUGAAUUUCAAAUGUUUGUCAGUUAACCGUGCCUAAUAUUAUAUAAUCGUAUACGUGUUGUUCUUAUAUUUGCCAAUUUGGAUUACACGGAAGAAGAUUUGACGAUCGACAUUCAGAGAUGUAUCCCUACUCAUCGAGAGAAACGUAAAACCCGCCUGCGGGUGCACACUUUGGAUUGGAUAUAGGAUACUACUGAAAGACGAUGUAUACGGACGGUCUGCUGACCCUCCACUACGGGAAACACCCCGCAACCUUGGCCGCGGAAGUCGGCGCUUGGUACAGCGGGGACCAGCACGUGGACGUCGCCCUGGCCUGCGACGACGGCUCGGUGAUCCGAGCUCACCGCGUUGUUCUCGCCGCUGCGAGUCCGCUCCUGGCGGACCUCCUCCGGGACCCCGCCCUGGACCACGUCGUCCACCUGUCCGGGGUCAGGAAGCCCCAGCUUAAUUACCUCCUCGAGUUCCUGUACAACGGAGAAGCCUUGAUACCGUCUUCCGAGCUGAUACCGCUACGGGAACUGUUCGAGCUGCUCCAGAUAAAGUCGGAGCUCUCCGAGUCGAACCAUCCGCAGACUUCGAGCAAGUCUGAUCAGGAGAGGAUACCGACGCCCCAGCCUUCGGAAAGUCAGGAGAGCUCGAGUUAUGAGUCACAGUACGACGGCAGUAGGCAGUCUAAUAAUCCGGCCGACUGCUGUUCGGUUCUCAUAAAAACCGAGGGAUGUGAAGACGAAACGGAAGUCGACGUCGAGGGCGUCGAAGGGGAGACCCACCACCAUUUAAGCGACAAUAGAGAAGGGAGUCUCGAACCUCCCCGGAGGAGGGACAGCUCCGAUCCGGUUAACCUAUGUUUAAAUUCCGGCGCUUCUACAACCAGCGAAGGGUCACACGACGUCGUUCACAGGCCAGAAAAGCCGCUGCUGGAGCGACGGGAGUCGUUGGAGGAAGUCGAGGAGCGGAGAAGGCAGCUCCAGGCUCGUUUGGCGCUCGGCCUGGAGCCGGGCAAACGGAAACCGGAAGAGCUGCCACUUCCCCCGGCGGAAGCGUAUGUAGUAACGCCUCACAGAAAGAGAAGGCCAGGGUUUCACAACGCCCCUGCCCAGAACCCGGCCUUUGUUCCCUUCAAUCCUGGAUUUGAAACGCCCCGGAGGCUGCAGGCGCCUCAUCCCCACAGCAUAUCAGCCCCGCCUUACCUAGACAGACCGGUGACGCCGCCAGGAGCGUCGCACAGGCCACCAAGCGCGGAUCCGGUAGCAGUAGGGGGCCUGGAAACACAGUGGGGGGCGUGGACGCUGCCCCCGAGUCGGGCCCCGCCGCCUCCGCCUUCGGACGACCCCCCAAAAUCGACCCCCGUCCGCGAAUAUCGUUGUUCGUACUGCGGGAAGCAGUUCGGCAUGUCGUGGAAUCUGAAAACGCACUUGCGGGUUCACACGGGGGAAAAACCGUUCGCCUGCCGCUUGUGCGUUGCGAUGUUCAAGCAGAAGGCCCACCUCCUCAAGCACCUCUGCUCAGUUCACAGAGGCGUCAUCGCCGCCCCCGACAACACGUUUUCCUGCUGCUUCUGCAAUUCGAGCUUCGAGAGCUUGCAGGAGCUCAUCAGGCACUUGUCGGGGCCGCACAACGACUUACUGCUUAGUAAAAACCUAGCCGACUAACGACAGUUUUAAGGCUGUUCCUUUCUAGGGACACCUCGUUAAUUUACAACUCUUCGUAUCACGAUCAGUGAAUCCGUUGUUCAUCUGCAGUAGCAUCAUAAUGUGUUUUACGCUGUCUGCGAUGUGCAUUACCUUAGUUGCUUCUCAUACCUUCACAUUUUCUCUUUCUUUAAAGGGGGAUGUAUUAUGGAUAGACGGUUGAAAAGGUGGGAAUUUGAAUUUCGGGAAUUUGUACAUCGGCUGACAAGUAUUUCUCAUAUUGAAAAUAAUUAAUAAAAGC